CAUUAUUGUUUUCAUUAUUUUUAUUGAUAAACGCAACUUUGAUUGCUAAUGCAAUAGCGAGACUAAUGCAAUGCGUGCCGUGAUUUGAACAUUCAAUGCCAAAAGCAGCAUUGUUGAUUAGAGUACUGCUAUUGGCCAAGGUAUCAGGCUGGUGAAGUCAGGUGAGACCAGUCCAGACCGGACUGAAUGGGAGGUGGCAAAGAAGCAACCAGGUAGGAAGGUAGGGAGCGAAAGUGAGCGCGUCUCCAAGAAUGGGCAAGAAGGUGCGGUGACUGCGAAACGGUGAUAGAAAAUAUCGCGGUGGCGACGAUAAAGUUUGGAGUAUCAGAGGAUUGGUGUCCGAUCGAUCUUUCCUCGAUCGUCUGUCGAUCGCGAAAAGUGCGGAGAACGCAUGUGGGACGUGCCACUGUUGAGAAAACCGUGACGAUGAGGUGUAUCAUGGUAUCGUAGCUGGUACCAAUCCACCAGCACGCACAGGAAGAGAGAGAGAUUGCGAAGGACAGAAAGAGAAAGAGAGACGCGUGCCAUGUUACGAACGUGUUGCUGAUGCGAUGCAAGCCAGUGAUUCUCACCUCGCAUCACGAGGUAACGCAUGGAAGAAGAAGGUUGCUCCUGCGCGUUCCUCGACGUGUAUUCAGUGAGCGUAAAGCCGCGGUGACGUAAACGUGCCCGCACAAACUGUCCUUCUCCGCCAAUACAUAACGAGGAAUAUCUCAUUUUGGGCGGCGAGAUGACGAGGAAACUCAGCAAGUUUUUGAUACUUUUCGAUAACACGAAUCUACUGUAUUUUCCUGGCCACUUCUUGUCCGGUCGUGUUCUCAUAGAGCUGGACGAUGAAGCUUACGUCUCGGGACUGCAUUUCCAUGUUGUGGGAGAAGGUGUAGUUCGGGUACGCAGUCAACGUGCCGAGAGAGUUUACGACAAAGAGAAUUACAUCGAUUUUCGCAUGCGGCUGUUGGGUGAACCAGGCGAAGGACCGUCAUUGCUAUCUCCCGGAAUACAUAGUUUUCCCUUCAAAUUGGGGUUACCACUUGGUCUACCCUCCACUUUUCUCGGAAAACACGGAUGGGUGCAAUAUUAUUGUAAAGCGGCUCUUCGUGAGCCAGGUGGACUUACUCACAAAAAUCAACAAGUCUUCAUCGUCAUGAAUCCGAUCGACUUAAAUCUGGAACCUCCGAUAUUAGCGCAACCUGCGAGACAGGAGAUCGAACAGCGCGUGGGUGUCUCUUGCGUAUCGGGUGGUCCCGUAUUUUGCAGAGUGAGUCUAGACCGGGGUGGAUACGUACCCGGGGAAACAAUUGGUAUUUCUGCGACUGUCACCAAUCGCAGUAAGGUGACGAUGAAGUCAACCAAGGCGUCACUCACAGAAACGAUACAGUACCUGUGUCGGGGUAAAGUGCUCGCCAGCGAGACUCGCGAGCUGGCUAGCGUUUCUAGGGGGAAGAUUCGGCCGGGUGAGGGCGAGGAGUGGCUAAACGAACAAAUGUACGUUCCUCCUUUGCCGCCGACGAAUCUGAGAGGAUGCCACUUGAUCAACGUUCUCUAUCACGUUUACUUCGUCAUAAGUCCGAAGAGUUUGGACAAAGAAAUCAAGUUACAAAUACCGAUCGUGCUGGCCACGUACCCCUUGAGGCCGGAGGGUGCACCAGCUGGUACGGCACCGUCCAAACGGGGCGCUCAUUACCCAUCGACGUUACCCAUCUUUCGACCUUGGCUCGAUGACAAGGCCUUCGAAAUACAGGAGUGAAAGCUCAUCAUUACGUAUCUAUUAUUGGAUUAUUACAAAAUUAGUGCCUUUGUAAUAAAAAAGGCACUAAUUUUCUGUGAUUAUUAAAGAUCACUACUGCGCCCGCGCCCGUGCGAUUACUCCGUCAAAAAUCUUCAUCGAUUCUUGUAUUGCUAGUCACAGCAACGCUCGUGUAAAAUUUCAAAGAAUCGAUGACAAUCUUUGAAAAUACCGUAUCUGGUGUGCAAUUAUAGGUAGCUGCUAAAACAUUUAAUGUAUUAUACAUUGAAUCUUACGAAUACUGACAAUACGCUAAUCCUGUUAAUUGCGUUCAUGAAGAAUCAAAUGUAUAAAUUGUAUAAUAUUGUAUAAUAUAAGAUAACUGAAUAACAUUUUUUUAACAAAAAUAUGCGGAUAAACAUACACAUAGGACGAAUUAUAUAUAUAUAUAUAUAAAAUAUAUUUAUAAAGAAAACUAUGUAUAAGUUGAAAAAAAAUUUAAUGAUAGAAAAAUUUA